AGCACGAAGGACUGCCUUCCGUAAUAGAUUAUCGGGUUAAGUCUAUUAUCUUUAAAAAAUUUAUUAAUUUAAUUAAUAAAAACGCCCACACACGCGUAAUUAAGUUGUAGUGACAUAUUAUAUUUUCCGUUGUGAUUAAUAUAUAUUCAUAAUUUCUAGGCAUGGAGUCGAUUAAUCGAACACGUGUUAUCGCGGCAUAUGAAAACAUGAUAUCUGAUGAAUUACGUGCGUUAUUGAAUUCACGACCUCCUAAGGAUGUUUGUUGUCGUGCGAGAGCGCGCCGUGUAGCAAUACUUAAAUCAAGACGGAUAAAAGCGAGGACAAGACCACCAGAAACCGGGUUGGUGUUGCCGAUUUACGAAGAUGAUUACGUGCAUUUCCUCGCAACCGAUUCGGAUUCUGAUCAUGGUGAUAGGGAGGACCAAACAGACGACGAUAAUGCAAUGGAUUAUGAUUUUGUUGAACAUCUCGAUAACGCCGAUGAGUGUAUUAUGGAACAGGAAGGGUUUGGAUCCAUACCGAUCAUAAAUGUGAAACCUGGAUUAACAGAAAAUGGUACUUACUAUGGUUGUUUUUUUUAUAAUCUUUUAAAAAAUAUAAUUGAUAUUAUUGUGUACAUGAGUGCUUCUUGUGUCAGGUUAUUUUGA